AUGAACACCUGCCCUCUUAGGAGUGACUGGCCGACUGUUACUCCUCCGUGGCGGCUGAGUUACGACGAACAGCUCCAGCUGAAACAGAAGCACCAGAAAAGGAUCCUACUACAGCUCUCAGCUCAGCUCUUAUGGGGAGAUUCGAACCAACAUAAGGCCUUGACACCAUCUCCGUCCCCACCCAGGAGGACCAGCUUCUCUCUGCUGCCUAUCUUAUCAUCACCUGUCAGGGAAGGCUACCGCAAAACAAGUCUUCACUUCUCAGUCAACCGUGGGAUGGAUGGCAACCCUAAGAUGGUGGGAUUCUACGUGGCCACGGGCAAGGCGGGCAACAUCGUAUGUGUGAAUGGGGACCACCUCCUCAACAUGCCAGAGACACAAGCUUGUGGCCAGGUGCUCCCAGGACUUCCUCCACCUCACCCCUGGGGCCCUGUCUGCUGUUCCAUAACGGAGGCCACUGGAGGGAGGUUGGAUAGGAUAGGACAGCCUUUCUCAACCAACUUCACAGGGCCCACCAGUCAUUCCAUAUAUUUGAUGUAUCCUAACACCAGCACAACUGAUUCAAAUCAAAUGAACACUGGUGACGUUCCUGCCUGAUCUCACAACGCUUCGAUAGGUGUUUAACAUAUCAGCUAACUACAUCAUAUGAUAUAGCAAUCUGAUGACCGACUGUGCAGUCAAUGAUGUGGCACACAACCAUUGGUUGAUGCAAUGCAACCGCUGUGUUCAAGAGCAUCAAAGCUGUGAUGGCCGUGUUCGACAUUGCAGCCGACUUUGUAGGCGAGUCAAGACUGCUUGAUCUACAAAUCACCUUGCAUCAUAAAUAACAACCCAAUAUUAUUUGUAGAUCAGUCAGUCAGUCAGUCACAAUUUACCCAUGAUACAUCACGGUUUUGAUGCUCUCGAACACAGCCAUAGUCUGCAAUGUAGUCAGGCAGGAAUGCCACAAUUGGUUGAGUUCCUGCCUGACUAUAUGAGCAGGCCUUGCAUUGCAUCAACAAAUGGUUGCACACUACGUCAUCGGCUGUGCAGUCGGGCAUCAGAUAGCUAUGUCAUGUGAUAUGGUUAGAUGAUAUGUUAAAUACCUAUCCAGACGUUGUAAGAUCUGGCAUGCGUAACGUAGUCGGGCAGGAACUCAACUCAACCGUGUCCAAGGGGUUUCCACUAGAUAUCACAGCCACAAAGUCAAAAUUGGCUAUAUCGUAAAAAUGUGCUUUUUGGUCUUAAGUUAGGGCUAGGCAUAAGGUAGUGUGGUUAGGGUUAGAUUAAAAAUAAUAUUUGAAUAAGAGAAAUUGUAGAAAUAGGCAUGGUUUAUGACUUUGUGACUGUGGUAACUACUGACAACAGUGUUCAAGGCCCAUAAGUCCUCCCUGGUGGAGUACUUCACCAAGGGGCCUGGUGCCAUCUGCCAGCUAGACUCCCUGUACUUCCAGGAGAGUUCCAUGACCCCCUGCAGCCAUGAGGAAUCCCCCUACCAGCUGCUGCAUGUCCUGCCACACAUACACCAGGAGAUGAUGAAUACAAUACAAUGCAAUACUAUACACAAUACAUUAACAUACACAGUGUAAAAAAGGCUACGGUAAGAGAAUGGUAUAGUUUCAUUUGGUGACUUUUUACCUUAAAGGGAUAGUUCACCCAAAUUACAAAACGAUAUAUAUAAGCAGUCUAUGAAGGUAUGACAGCAAUACACGCUUUGGUUUUAUUUACCUGGCCACUGUUUCCAAAUGCAAACUUUUUAGCUUUUGUGGCACAAAUCCAAUGCAAGUCGAUGGUACCGAUAUUCACAUUUUUCACACUUCAUGUCCAAAUCAUCUGUAAGUAACUUCACAGAGCUACACAAUCCAUUUUAUACACUUUAUGAUGAUUUGGACAUGAAGGCCGAAAAAUGCUAACAUCAAUACCAUUGACUUCCAUUGGAUUGAAAAUUAGUAUUUGGAAACAGUAGCCAGGUAAACAAAACCAAAUCAUGGAUCGCUGUCAUACCUUGUCCAUAGACUGCUUACAGGUUAAGGAAACAAUACAUAAUUUAGUAGUUUGGGUAAACUAUCCCUUUAAGUUGCCCUUAUAUACCUAUGAAAAUUCACAGUAAUAACUGUAGAACAACAUUGUUUUAACAUGUAGUUACAUAGUAAUUGCUUUGUAACUACAUGGGGAUAGUUUAGCAAUGUAGGUUAUUGUGGAAUCAAUUUAUCAUACACCAAGUUCCGCAUCUAAUCAGACACCUUCUUCCAGGUGAAACAAGGGGCACACUCCUUGACGUGUUCUGUGGAACGAGGGCCAUUGGACAAGGUCAUCGGGAUAGAACUCAUCCAGCAGUCCGUGGUGGACGCCAGGCACAACGCAGCCCUCAACCAGAUCCAGAACUGUGAGUUCCUCCCGGGGAAAGCAGAGGUGGUCCUUCCAGGGCUCAUGGAGGUCCUGGGCUAUUCCUCAGACAGCAGCCCCCUCACAACUGUGGUGAACCCUGCCCUGCCCGGGCCGGGCCUCAUUAUCGUGUGAUCCGGGCUCUAAGCAAUCCCUCAUCUAUCCGCAGGCUGCUCUAUAUCUCCUGUAAACCCGAAGGAGAGGCCAUGAGGAACUUCAGGGAGCUGUGCUGCAGAAGCUGA